AUGGAAAAGCUCUCUUCGCUGGCUCGUUUCAAGAGUUCCUGCCCGUUUUUGGGCGGGACUAAGACUUCCACCCUCCGCGCCCUCAGCAGCACCAUUUCCCCCAGAUUCCCCUCGAUCUCUCAGCUCACUGAGCGAGCCACGGGUUGCCCCAUCAUGGGUCCGGCUCUGGUGAUGCGUUCCACCCAGAUGGUCGCUGGUUACGCCAGCAUCGCUGGCCAGGCUGACGUCCAGAAAAUGCAUCACAGCAAAGGUGUCUUUCCCGGAACCAGUGCUUCCGAGGCGGAUAUUGCCAAAUGCCCUCACGCUUCCGCUGCUCGGGCCGCUGCUCGCAUGGCGGACGAUCUCGCUGCCGCCUCUACUGCGAAGACACCCGAGGAAGUCCCCAGCACGGCUCAGAGGGCCGCUGCUGCCGGAUGCCCUUUCCACAAGGCUGCCGCUGCCGCAAAGGAACAACCCGUUAAAUUGCCCAGCAUGACAGAAAGUCAGACUACUUCUACUGCUCCAGACACCUAUAACUACGACAAGUUUUAUGCGGCCGAGCUUGAGAAGAAGCACAAGGAUCAGUCCUACCGGUACUUCAACAACAUUAACCGGCUCGCAACCAAAUUUCCAAUUGCGCACACUGCUAGUGUGAAGGAUGAAGUCCAAGUCUGGUGCGCUAACGACUACUUGGGAAUGGGAAAUAAUCCUGUUGUACUUGAAACCAUGCAUCGGGCAUUAGACAAAUACGGCGCGGGUGCAGGAGGCACUAGAAACAUAGCUGGAAAUAGUGCUACACAUCUCAGUCUGGAGCAUGAGCUUGCUACCCUUCAUCGCAAGGAUUCCGCCCUCGUGUUUUCGUCUUGCUACGUCGCCAAUGAUGCGACUUUAUCUACCCUCGGUUCCAAACUCCCUGGUUGCGUCUAUUUCUCGGAUGCUUCCAACCACGCAUCCAUGAUACAGGGCAUUCGGCACUCCGGUGCGAAGAAGGAGAUUUUCAAACACAACGACAUGGAUGACCUUGAGGCAAAACUGCAGAAAUAUCCGAAGGACACGCCCAAGAUCAUCGCAUUUGAGAGUGUUUACUCUAUGUGCGGUAGCAUCGGACCUAUCAAGGAGAUCUGUGAUCUGGCUAAGAAGUACGGCGCCUUGACUUUCCUUGAUGAAGUCCACGCUGUCGGGCUUUACGGACCUCGCGGUGCGGGCGUUGCCGAGCAUCUCGACUGGGAAGCUCACCAGAGAGCCGGUCAAACUUCCGAGCCGGUCAAGGAUAGCGUGAUGGAUCGUAUUGACAUGAUUACUGGUACACUUGGCAAGGCAUACGGCACUGUUGGCGGAUACGUUGCGGGGUCUCGCGAUUUCAUCGACAUGAUUCGUUCAUACGCACCCGGUUUUAUUUUCACUACAUCACUGCCUCCCGCUACAGUCGCUGGUGCUCGCGCUUCCGUCAUUUACCAGAAGCACCAUGUUGGUGAUCGAGCAUUGAAGCAAGUCAAUGUUCGCACUGUCAAGGAACGUUUCGCUGCUUUAGAUAUACCCGUCGUCCCCGGUCCUUCUCACAUCGUCCCGGUCUUAAUUGGUGAUGCUGGCCUCGCAAGAGCAGCCAGCGACAAACUUCUUCACGAACACGGUAUUUACGUUCAGGCAAUCAAUUUCCCUACCGUUGCCGUGGGCGAAGAGCGUCUUCGCGUCACUGUCACUCCUCGUCACACCGCAGAGCAGAUGGAUGGCUUGAUUGCUGCAAUGGAUACAGUGUUUACGGAGCUCAACAUCAACCGGAUCAGCGAAUGGGCAAAGUUGGGUGGACGUGCCAACGUUGGCGUAGGCAAGGAAAACGUUGAACCCAUCUGGACCAACGCUCAGAUCAACACCGCUGGACAACCACAGACGUUGCACGAUGGAGAUACAGCUGUGGUUGACGCUAAUGCAGUUCAGGUGGUUCGGGAGAGCUUUGAGGACCUUUUGGGAGCUGUCAAGUUGAGCGAGACGGAGAGGAAGGUGGAAGCCGCGUUGUUGACUGGAGCUGUUGAGCACGUUGCCGGGGCUCUGUCAAAGAAAGCGAAAGCGCCGCGGGCUCCCGUCAAUACAAUUGACGUGCCCGUCGCGCCUAGUGUCGCGGUUUCGGCUUGA